AUGAAGGAUGGAGGAGAGCAGCAGCCCAAGACGGAGGCGCUGGACGAGCUGAAGGAGAAGCUGAAGGAGCAGGAGAGCGAGCUGUCCAAGCUGCGCCAGCUCAACGAGCUGCUACUCGAGCGGAUGAACAAGAAGGACAAGAAGGCGGUCAAGGCCGUCACCAGCGGCGAGGGCGGGGCCGAGGGCGAGCAGAAGUACGAGAACUUCGAGGUCAAGAAGGUGCCGGUGCGACACGCCCACACCAACGAGAUCAUCGACUACGACCACGUCGUCACCUUCACCAACUCAGAGGCCAUCACCUACCUCCGUGGCUUCGUGCACGUCGACACGCUGCACUCGGACCCUCCGACGGCCAAGGCCGACGAACUGUUCCAGGCCAGGACGGAGCUGAAGCAGUUCCAUGGCAUCGAGAGCAUUGCGGAGGUGGUCACCUUCCUGGACACCCUCUACGGCGACAUGAUCAAGCGCUACGACAACAUGCUUGCCGAGGGGGUGAUCAGCUACAGGGCACUGUGGUACAUCUUCACCAAGGGCAAGAAGAUCAUGGGCAAGACGGACACCAACUACUCGGUGGGCGCCGAGGUGGCCAGCGCGCACUAUCGCGGCGGCAUCUUCCCCAGCUUCGAGGUCCAGGGCUCCGUCAUCAAGGCCAACGGCAAGGAGUUCUAUACGACGUCGCAGUCCUUCAAGGUGCUGCCCUACGUCGGCACGAGGAAGUUGAGCGAGCUGCCCGUGCGCCUGCUCGACGACGAGACUGAGGCGCUCCUCACCGAGCGUGGCAAGAAGUUCGCUCGGCUGGCCGUGGGGGUGCACUACCAGACCUAUCGGGGCUACCUGGCCCAGAAGGAGGGCUGGUGGGGCUACCAGCUCUACAAGGCCGACGGCCGCUGCAUGCUCGACGGGGUGAGCUUCAACCGGCUCAACCCCAACUCGCGGUCGUCGGACCUCACGGGCGACCUGAGCCAGGACCAGUACAACCAGCAGACUAACAGCUUCGAGGCCAUCCCCGACGAAAAGAUGUUCAUGGCGUGGCCGACGAUCUUGGGCUUCUCGUUCAGUGCCAAGAAGUGGGGCGAGUUCGCUGUCGACACCCUCGCCGAAGUCAAGUUUGACGAUCAGGCCUUCCACAAGCUGGUGUUGCCCGAGGAGAAGAAGGUGCUGAUCCGCUCGCUCGUGGAGAACAGCGCCGACUUUUCCGACAUCAUCAGCGGCAAGGGCGGCGGCUGCAUCUUCCUGCUCCACGGCAGCCCCGGCGUGGGCAAGACCCUCACGGCCGAGUCCGUGGCCGAGCUGCUCCACCGGCCGCUCUACUCGGUGAGCGUGGGCGAGCUCGGCACCGACACCAACGAGCUCGAGAAGAAGCUCACCGAGAUUCUCGAGGUCUCCAGCUCCUGGAACGCCGUCAUCCUCCUCGACGAAGCCGAUGUCUUUCUGGAGAAGCGAACGGAGAAUGAUGUGAAGAGGAAUGCGAUGGUGGGCAUUUUCCUGCGUCUGCUGGAGUACCACCAGGGCGUGCUGUUCCUGACCACCAACCGGGUCAAGUGCUUCGACAAGGCCUUCCACUCGCGCAUCAGCAUCGCCAUCAAGUACGAGGACCUGCAGGUCGACUCGCGGACCCAGAUCUGGGCGACGCUGCUCAAGGUGGCCAACAUCAGUGACAUCAAGCCCGAGGAGCUGUGCAACUACGACCUGAACGGCCGGCAGAUCAGGACCAUCAUUCGGCUGGCCCUGGCCCUGGCGAAGACGGAGGGCGUGGCGGUCAACAAGAGCCACCUGGAGCGCACCAUCAAGGUCGCCCUCCAGUUCGCUGCUGACCUGGAGAACGCCUUUGAGUAG